AUGUCUAGCAACAUCACCGACCAGUCUGCCGCCGCCCAGGGCAACGAAACAAUCGACAAGGGAAAGGGCAAGGCCGUCCAGCAGCCCGCCGAGGAGACCGAAGCUGAGACCUCUGAAGAUGAGGAGGUGGUGGAUGUUGAGGAAGAAGACGACGACGACCUCGCCGAGAUCGACAGCAACAACAUCAUCCAGGGUGGCCGCCGCACCCGCGGAAAGCAGAUUGACUUUGCGGCCGCCGCGAAGGCACAGCCCGCUGGUGAAGAUGACAGCGAGGACGACGAGGACUUUGUUGCUCCGGAAGAUAAGGAUGUCGAGAUGCACUAA